AUGACGAUCCUACUGAUAACUCCCCAGAGGAAAGUUCUAGGCAGAGAAGCGCCACUGAGGACAACUCGCCCUAAGGACAAACCCACCAAGACACAGCUGUCCGGGAGCUUUGACUUCACACCAUUCAGUGACGAUAAGGUUAUUAAUACACUGGAACAGCUGCUCCAGGAGUUGGACCAAAAUAUGAACUUUCAAGGAUUUGAACAUAAAGUGGUUCAUGCUGCCCAUGGUAUUGCCAGUGAACUGACCUAUCUACAUGAAAGCGGCAUUGCUCAUAGAGACCUGAAACCUGCAAACAUAUUGGUGUCUAAUAAACACUAUGCUGGAGCAAGCCCUGAAGAUGUGGCAAAGCAGUUCCCAGAAAAGCCUGUCAUUGUCAAACUGACUGACUUUGGGGAGAGCAGGGGAACAACAGUAUUUCAAGCACCAGAAAUACACACACUAUCUGCUACGAGCAAGAGUUCUAUGGAAUCACUGCAACAGAUUGACAUAUGGGCAUUUGGAAUGGUUCUUUGGUGCUUGACCAAUGCUGAUCUUGGCUUCCCAUAUUUGGCAGAAAUGGAAGAGGCCCUGACGGCUGGCACAGUGAGAAAUCAGACAGCAUUUGUCAUUGGUUUGCUGACACAAGGGAGCCUGCCAAAACAAAGCAAUAAAUACCUGGAUCAGAAACAAGGCAUCUGGAUGAAUGUUGACCAGAUCAUGAGUUCUUGCCUAAAGCAUGUAUCAGAGGAGCGUAUUUCUGCACUAGAGGCAACCAUCUGA